AAAAUUACUAUCCAAAGGGAAAACGUCGCGCAUUCGCUAUCAAGCAAAAAACCUUCGUUUGUAAACUUCGUCGAGGGCGCGUUUUCUACCAAUAUCUAUUCGCGUCUUCGGUGUCGGUCGCUAUUUAAAAUCGUAUUAAGGAUACAAAUGCAAAAAGCGAGCGUAAGAAACAAAACAAAACAAAAUCACAUCAUAAAUCAUUGUUUAAAACAGUUGAGUGGAUGAUUUUGGGUGAAAGACGACGGCCAAAAGGCAUCAACAGCGUCAGCCGCAGCAUAUCGUGAAGACUGGAAAUUUGUGUUAUCUUCUCGUUUCGUAUCUUCUUAUCGAAGUUGUGUAGUUGUGUGUGUGUGCUAUUGGAAGGAUUUUGUGCUAAGGUUCGUGUCUCUUCACAAUCCCUACGGAACGCGCCCUGGCCCCGAAAUUGUGUCGAGCCCGGUGUGUAUUGAGACUGAAUAUUAAGGGCAUCGCCGGCAUCUUCAUCACCUCUCCACACUUUCUCCAGAGAAAAGUGUCCUUUGGCGGGGACAACAACAUAUCAGCGCAAAAUAGCGCUAACGUGCAUAAUUUACGUGUCUCUUGCUCAAAGUGUGCCUUUUGUGCCGGGAAGUUGUGUGGGUGUGUGUGUGUGUGUUUAGUUAUCAAAAGUGUGUAUGACGUCUGUCCAUAACUUUGGCGACGAGCACGUUGAUUAGCUUUUUUCCUCCAGGGGGAAAAGUCCCGUUCCGGUGGCGCUCGGAGUGUGCCACAGAGUGUGCCCGGUUGUGCUGGGAGAAGUGUGUUCGCGCUGCUACUAGUCCGUGAAGCCACCCGGAAGUGUUCCCCGGAUGCAUUCGACAGUGUACCGCAUGUGACGGCGUACAGACACGCGUGUGUAUGUGAGUGAGUGUGUGGGCAAAGUUGAACGGAGGAAAAACGGCAAAUCGAAUUGAGAAUGAGCCGUCAAGCGGUGGUGGGACUUUUGGUGCUGGCGACCGCGGUCGGUGCCGUCUCGUACUGCCCGAACCGGUGCGUCUGCGACGACGAGAAGCUGCACGUGACGUGCGGCGAGGGCGAGCUGGACGUGCUGCCGAUAGCGCUGAACCCCUCGAUCGGCCGGCUGGUGAUCAAGUUCAAUCGCAUCAAAUCGAUCGACUCGUCGAUACAGUUCUACACCGAGCUGACGAUGCUCGACCUGAGCUACAACCAUCUGCUCAGCAUCCCGGAGCGCAUCUUCAUGUACCAGAAGAAGCUGCUGCAGCUGCACCUGAACAACAACAAGCUCGGUGCGGUGACGAACCGCACGUUCGGCGGGCUGGACGAGCUGCGGGUGCUGAACCUGAGGGGCAACUUUAUCGAUGAGAUUGGCAGCGAGCUGUUUAAGGCGCUGCCGAAGCUGGAGGAGUUAAAUUUGGGGCAGAAUCGGAUCGCUACGCUGCACGCGAGUGCGUUCGAUGGGCUGGCCAAUCUGCGCGUACUCUACCUGGACGACAACUCGAUCAGCACGAUACCGACGCUCUCGCUGACACCGCUCAAGGGGCUGGCGGAGCUGUACCUCGGCACGAACUCGCUGUUCCGCGUGCUGCCCGGUGCGUUCGAGGGGCUGGCGCAGCUGCGCCGCCUCGACAUACACGGCUCGAUGCUGGUGAACAUUACGAGCGACACGUUCCGCGGGCUGGAGAACAUCCGCUCGCUCGACCUCUCCGACAACCAUCUGCUGAAGGUGCCCACGGUGCAGCUGAGCGGGUUGAAGCGGCUGGAGGAGCUUACCAUCGGGCAGAACGACUUCGAAACCAUCCCGGAGGGUGCGUUCUUUGGGCUUUCGAACCUGAAAUCGAUCGACAUCUCCGGUGCGCUCAAUCUGCGCCAGGUACAGUCGGGUGCAUUCUCGGCCAACCCGAACCUGGAGUCGAUUACGAUCGCCUCCAACAAGGAGCUGCUCGAGCUGGACGAGGGCGCCUUUGCCGGGCUGCCCCACAUCCGCAAGGUGUCGCUGCGGGACAACAAAAUCGCCACCUUCCACGAGGAGCUGCUGCCCUGGAAGCAUCUGGCCGAGUUCGAUCUCACCGAGAACCCGCUCGUCUGCGACUGCAACGUGCUCUGGUUGCGCAAUCUGCUCCAGCGCCAGCGGCCCGCGUCGGAGGGACAGGACGACACGGCCCAGCUGGUGUGCAGCGGGCCGGACCGGCUGCACGGCGAGCUGCUGCGCGACCUGACGCCCGACCUGCUCGGCUGCCAGCAUCUGCAGUCGAAGGAGCGGGCCAUCUUCGGUGCGAUCAUCGUUGCGUCGGCGGCAAGCGUCACCACGCUCGUGCUGAUUGUGUACCGGCUGCGGCACCGCAUCCUCGACACGCUGCGCCGGCUCGGCUGGGGCGGCAGCAACAAGCGCGCCACGCUGCACGAGGAGAAGGACGUCGAGGUGCAGAAGUCGCUCGGCGAGGUGGAGUACCAUCAGCCGCACUGCAACAUCUACACGUACAACUACCACCCGGCGUACAGGAACUAUCAGCAUCCGUUCGGCGGUCAGUACACGCUGCCGUACCCGCACUAUCAGUCGCACGGCAACGGCGGCGGGCCGACCGUUUCGUCCGGUGCGGCAACACUGCAGCAACACCAUGCACCGCAUGCCCAUCAUGCCCAGCAGCCGUCCGGGCCGAGCUCGAUUGUGGCUGGCGUGGCUCCUGUUUACGGUGGACAUCUGCAACAACAGCAGCCGCAGGUUCAGCAGCAGCUUCACCAUCACCAUCACCACCAGCAGCCACCGCUGCCCCAAACGCCCAAGGGUACGCUGAGCACCUCGUCCUCGACCACCUCCUCUUCUACGUCCUCGUCCGCACUGUCAUCGAGCGGCUCGACCGUGUCGGGCGUAUCGGCCCAAACGCAGUCCUCCACGAUCUACUCGCCGCAGUACGCGCACCACAUAUACGAAGUGCCCAAGAAUGUGUCCGAUACCUAGGGCGGGUGUAGCAACAGUGGGAAGGAGGGAAGCGCAAGGGGUAGAUUUCACGCAAAUAUGUAUCACCCAACACACCCAACACUAGUACACACCUUUUACACACCAUUUUACUAACCGUCUCACCUUAGUAAACAAAAAACCCGUACCCACAAAAACCAAUUGGAAUCGCUGCUUCGCGUAAAAGAGCAGGUUUCCACCACUUAACCACUCACUCACGCAAGACUCACCAAGACACAUUAGUAGUGAUAAGCAUCGUUGUUGAUAUUUGGGAAAGCUUGGGGAAAACGAUUCGGACGAGGAAGGCGAAAAUUGGUUUAAAGAGAUACCCAACAGUCAUAUCGCGAGAAUACGUUCUUCGCUAGAAUAAGGUCCUUGUGUGACCGGGGACGUGACAGAACCCUCUUCUCACGCUGGAAGCUUUCCCAUUUUCGAUCGAUUGGGGCAGCGCAUUUAUUUUCUUCUAGUCAAUUUUAAUUUAUCAACUUAAUGACGUCAUAUGCGGGCGUAAAACAAACAGUCUCAAAAGACAAAACAUACACACAGAAACACAUCCUUAAGCAAUCUCUCCCGUUCAGAAACGGUACACUGUUUUCUAUGUGGAUGAAAAGUACUGAUUAAUAUAUAU